AGAAAAAAAUAUCACAUUUCUUUUUUCUGGAAAAUAAAAGAUGCCACUUUCCUUUCUCUAAGGAAAGAAAAGCUUUGCAUUAUAUCGUUACGCUUUACUUUUGAAAAUAAAAGAUACCAGUUUACCGAUACUCCGGAAAGGAACGGUAAAGUGCUACUCUUAGCGCCGACGCUAUAAUUCGAGAGGUAAACAAAAAUAUAGAUUUCCUUCAAAUACACAUGGUUGGAUAGAGCUCGUCGUUCCAAAUAUAGCCUUUUCAUCGAGUUUUUAUCACGUUUUGGGGGAGAAAUGUUCAAAAUACCACAGGAGUCGGAAAAAGUGAAUAAAUGACCGUUAUAGAGAAAAGUCAAGAUUAGCAAAGUCGGAAUUCUGCUCGUAAUUCUCAAUUUUCUCCAACAAAACCCAACUUCUAUGUAAUAAAAGUAUCAUAUUCAGAAUCAAGAUCAAAUAACAAAUCUACUGAUGUGUAUUUUGAAGGUUUUAGUUGAUUUUUAUUUUUUGGUGAAGGUCUCGGUGAUUUUUCAACGUCAAAAUUCGAAAAAAAUUAAAUCACUUGAACGAGUUGGGGAUGUACAUAAGUAGAUUUGUUUUUUGAUCCUGAUUCUGAAUAUGAUCUUUUUAUUACACAGAAGUUGGGUUUUGUUGGAGAAAAUUGAGAAUUACGGGCAGAAUUCCCACUUUGCUACACUGAUGAUGAUUUUUUUCAGCGGAGAAACGAUAGUUUUUUUGACGAUUUCCCCUCCCCCUCCAAACGUGGUUAAAACUUGAUGAAAAGGCUAUAUUCGGAAUCAGCUCGACGAGCUCUAUCCAUCCAUGUAUAUUUGAAAGAAAUCUAUAUUUUUGCUUACUUUUCGAAUUUGAAGCACCUUAUUAACUGGAUGUUUGUUUAUUAAGAGAAUUGUUGAAUUAAACGACCAAAGACAUGAAACAAAUGGUGUACAAGAAAAACGUCAUGGUGAAAGAGAUUUAGAAAUGCACCAUACGCAUUAUUUUUUAUUGGAUGAUGGUACUCUAAGACGAUAUGAUAUCAAGGAUUAUCGAACACGAUUAGCAAUUGCUAUAGCUAAUGGCAGAAGUAUGAAAGGUUUACCAGUUCCAGUAGUGACAAUCGUUGUUGAAGGUGGUCGUGAUACAAUAAAAAAUAUUUAUUAUGAUUUACGUCGUGAUAUACCUAUUGUCAUUAUUGAAGGAAGUGGAAGAGUAGCUGAUUUUUUUUCUCUCUGGUUAACUUAUACAAAAGAAAUGGACAACUUAGAACAAGAUCCAGAAUGGACAUUACCAAUUGAUAUUGGUGAAUUAGAGGAAAUAAAAUCAGUUAAACCAAGAAGACUGUCUAAAAUUGAUCAACGUCGUACAUCAAAAUUACCGCAACAACAAACAACAACUAGUGAAAAUAGUCAAGAAGAACAAGAGAGAAAUAAGUUACCAGAUAUAACCGAAUAUCAUUUGAACAUUGAUCGUGAAAAAAAAAAAUUCAAGGACCAUGAAACACAAAUUAUGAAUGGAUUAAAAUUGAUUGUAUCAAGUGAUGAUGAUGUAUUAUCCAAAGAACAACGAAGUGAACAAAUAGAUAAAAAAGUUCAAGAUGUUCUUUUGCAUGUUAUGUAUUGUUUACAACCAGCUGUUAGAGGAAAUAUAACAAUCUAUAAUUUAAAUACUGAUCAAGAUUUAUCUGAUACAGUUUUUAGAAGUAUUUGUAAAUCACGGCAAAAAUAUUUAGAUAAAUUACAUAUACAACGAACAGAAAAACUUAAAUUUCGUGAAUCUCGAUUAGAUCAUGGACUACAUACAGAUGAAAGACAACGUUUACAACAACAGGACGAAAAUAAAUUCAAACAACAUAAAAGUUUACAAAACAAUCAAUUACUAGACUUAGCUAUGGAUUGGAAUGCAUUCGAUGUAGCCAAAGAUCUAAUUAUUAUGAAUACAUUAGCCAAUAUUACUGUAGGUAUUCUAUUUAACUUUAACAUAUUUAGAAAAUUAUUUUAGUCCACGGCAGAGAGAAGCUUGCCUGGUUUAGAUUGAAAGAGAAGUAAUUCCAUAUCCAAUCCAUUAUUCCGAGAUAGAAUAAGCGGAAGCUGAGUAUUUUCAGAAAAGAUUGGUGUCCGAUAUAAACUGCAUAAGUAUCAUAUAGACAUUCCCAUAAUAUAAGACCUUUAUUAAGUAUAACGUAAAAUCCAGAACAGAAGGUCUCGUUGGAAGAGUACACUUUUUCGGUUUUUAUUUCCACUUUUUUGCUUCAAAUUCUUCCACUAAAAUCGUUUCUGAGCUACAUAUUUGGAGAGUUCUCUCUUCAAAUGGAAUGUUUCUGACACGUUUCACAGACACUUUGCUAAAAACCUAAGAACGAAUCAGAUAGUUCAUGGCCAAUACUGGCCGAAAACAUUUUGGUCGGUUUCAACUGCUCGACGUGGCUAACUAACGUUGCCACGGUGAAGGAAUUCUGUAACGUUUUUUUAUAAUUUUGUUUUGUUCAUAAGUCGUCAACCAAACGACACAGACAGUUGCGGUACGCCUUAACUUGAAGAAAAAACUGCUACGCUCAUCUUAAAACAUGUCUCAGCGCUACAGAGCUGGGCAAGUCACGGAUUUUCCAAGUCACAAGUCAAGUCAAGUCAUGAGUAAUAACAAAUUUUCUCAAGUCAAGUGAAGUCAAGUCUCGGGGUUUUCCAAGUCAUGACUUGGAAUUUUUUUUUCCGUAGAAAAAGGCCCACAGCGAAGCUGGGCAGGUUACAAGUUUUCUACGAGCUUCGGCAUUUUGUUUAGAUACGAUGUUUGUUUUUCGUAUUUCCAAAAAAAGAUGUAUUUCAAAAGAUAAUCAUAAAAAAAGACAAUGCUCUAAUGAGUCUAACAUAGUUCAAAAACAAAUCACAGGUAAAUAAUACACACGUAGCACGAGCACUUACGGGGAACCGUUCGAGGUGU